GGGGCUCGUCCUCAGCCGCCCGUGACCGGUGGGGAGAUUCGGGCAUACGGAGGCGGCAAUGGCUUCCCCAUUGCUUGUCUUGCUCCUCAUCCAGCUGAACGUCCUCCUCAACCUGUCCGACUCCUCCGCCGCCCUCGCACAACCACAACACAGCAGCAGCAGCAGCAAGGAAGGUCACCGACCCGCGCUGUUGCAAUCGACGUGCAACUCCACCAGCUUCUACGACGUCUGCAUCGCCGCCCUGGCCGCCGACCCCUCCAGCUCCACCGCCGACGCCCCCGCCCUCUGCGCCAUCGCCGUCUCCGCCGCCGCCGCCAACGCCUUCGGCACCGCGUCCUUCCUUGCCAACGCCAGUGGCGCCGCCGCCACCCCGGAGGCGGACCGCGCGGUCCUCCGCGCCUGCGCCGCCAAGUACGCGGCCGCCCGCGACGCGCUCCUGGCGGCGCGGGCCUCCCUCGCGGGGCAGGACUACGACUACGCCUUCGUGCACGCGAGCGCCGCCGCCGAGUACCCCGCGGUGUGCCGGACGCUGUUCCGGAGGCGGCAGCAGCAGCAGACGCGACCGAGCAGGACGACGACGACGUACCCGCCGGAGCUGGCCAAGAGGGAGGAGGCGCUGCGGCGCCUCUGCACCAUCACCCUCGACAUCAUCUCGCUAUUGCAGACGCAGGAACCCUCCACCUGACUGAAUGUUCAGUUCGGCACUUGUCGGUGGGAUAGAUUGACUCCAUCCUCUGUCGAAGCUGAUGCGUGAAAAAAAAAAUGAGGUUUGAGAAUCUGAUCAGAUGAGAGUGCUUGAAAUCCGAGCGAUGCAAUGUAUGGUUGAUCAUUCAUGUGAUGCAUGGCAUGGAUAAUCAAUGGAAUGAAAAGGUUGAUCACGGACUGUAGUUUGCUGGA